AACAGCUGUAAGGUUAUUUGUAAUAACACAGCAUAAAUAAACCUUGUUGGUUUGUUUGUUUUUUUUUUUUUGUUUUUAUAAAUAAAAUAUAUUUAUUUAUAAUAAAAUAAACUUAAUAUAUUAAAUUGUUGAAGAGAAAUAAAAUAUAUAUAUUAUUUUUUGUUAAAAGAAAAGAUUAAAUAUGUUGGAUUUAUUUACAAUAUUUAGCAAGGGUGGUAUUGCCCUAUGGUGUUUUCAAAGUACAUCACAACUUUUUACACCAAGUGUCAAUGCACUAAUACGUAGUGUUAUACUCCAGGAACGUACUGGUGUUAUGAGCUAUGAUCAUGAUUCUCUUCGUCUUCAAUAUAAACUUGAUAAUGAAUUUGAUCUUGUUUUUGUUGUGGCAUAUCAAAAAAUAUUAAAAUUAUCAUAUAUUGAUAAACUUUUGUCUGAUGUACAUUUAGAAUUUCGUGAUAAAUAUAAAAAUCAAUUGAAAAAUCAACAAUGGAUUUAUGAUUAUAACAAUUUUAAUGAUUCUUAUAAAAAUAUUUUAACAUCAGCUGAACAAUGGGGUUUACAACAGGCUAAAAUGCCAAAACAAAUGCGUACUUUUGAUGAAAGUGCAAAAUCAAAAAAAACUGUUGGCAGUAUGAUUGAGAGAAAAGAUGAUAAAGAUGAUAACAAAAAAGGAAAAAAGAAAAAGACUCCAGCUAUUAUGGAAGAUAACUCAAAAUUAAAGGCAAGUCCAAAAAGUGAAAAAGAUGCUGAUACCUUCGACAGUAAUGGUGAUGCUGAAAUGGAUUUAAUACAAUUAAAUAAAUUAAAAUUGGCUGAAAAAUUAAAAGCUGUACAAAAGAAAAAGACUAAAACCCCAAAAAGCCCAAGGACUGAAAAAACUGGUAAAGAGCCACGUGUAUGGGAACUUGGUGGAACCAAUAAAGAUCUUGCAAAUCUUGAAAGAACUAAAGAUAAACCAUCUGAUGCUGAUGAUCGUAUUCAAGCAAAUACUGCUUUAAUUGGUAAAAUGAUAGGUGAAAUACAUGAUUUAGAAGUUGAAAGUGAUUCUGAUGAUGAUGACAACGAUUAUAUGCAUAAUGAUACACCAGUAAUGAAAAAAGAAUCACAAAAAAAAAAAGUAUCUAAUGGUGGUAUGUUUUCAGUUUUAAAAGGUUUGGUUAGUAGUAAAUCAUUAAAAACUGAAGAUUUAGAACCAGCAUUAGAAAAAAUGAAAGAUUUAUUAAUUGCUAAAAAUGUUGCAUCAGAUAUAUCAAUAAGUUUAUGUGAUAGUGUACGUACAAAACUUGAAGGUAAAAUAUUAGGAACAUUUCAAAGUGUUGCAAGUACAGUUAAAUCAACACUUGAAGAUUCAUUGGUACAAAUAUUAUCACCAAAACGUAGAGUUGAUAUAUUACGUGAUGCAUAUGAAGCUAAAAAAAAUAAUAAACCAUAUGUUAUGUCAUUUUGUGGUGUUAAUGGUGUUGGUAAAUCAACAAAUUUAGCUAAAAUUUGUUUUUGGCUUAUUGAAAAUAAUUUUAGAGUAUUGAUUGCUGCUUGUGAUACAUUUCGUGCUGGUGCUGUUGAACAAUUACGUACACAUACACGUCAUUUAAAUGCUCUUCAUCCAGCUGAUAAACAUGGUAAUCAAACAAUGGUACAAUUAUUUGAAAAAGGUUAUGGUAAAGAUGCUGCUGGUAUUGCAAUGGAAGCAAUACGUUUUGCAAAAGAUUCAAGAAUUGAUAUUGUAUUGAUCGAUACUGCUGGUAGAAUGCAAGACAAUGAACCAUUGAUGCGUGCACUUGCUAAAUUAAUUAAAGUCAAUGAGCCUGAUCUUGUACUUUUUGUUGGCGAAGCAUUGGUUGGCAAUGAAGCUGUUGAUCAAUUAGUCAAGUUCAAUCGUGCACUUGAAGAUUACAGCAACUCAUCAAAUCCUCGAACAAUUGAUGGAAUUGUUUUAACAAAAUUCGAUACAAUUGACGAUAAGGUUGGCGCAGCAAUUUCUAUGACAUAUAUAACUGGUCAGCCAAUUGUUUUUGUUGGCACUGGUCAAACGUACACUGACCUCAAGACACUAAAUGCCAAGGCUGUUGUACAUGCCUUAAUGAAAUAAUAAUUAUUAAAAUAAAAUUAACAAAUACAUUUGUUAACAAUUUUUA